AUGCCUCGCGAAAACAGUUUCACGGACUCUGUUGGAUGUUGCUUGACGCCUGACCUUGAGGACGAAUUCGUGCCAUCGCUGAGUCCACCACCACGUUCCGCAUCCCCUGCCCAUAUCGAAUCGUCUCUACCCUCUAAUGGAUCCUCCCAAGAGCCUGUACCUCAGUCUUGGCGACGUGCAUCUUCGUCAAAAAUUCCGGCCUCACUGCGGCCAAAACGUGCUCCUGCCCUCUAUUUUCAAACACCCAAAGAUCGCUUCCGCGCAUGUGUCCGCAAAGUGAUUUCCAUACACCGGAAAACAACAAUCCUUUUGGGUUUCGGUCUCGCCGGUGCAGAACCUGGUGUUGACCCGCGCAGGCAGUCCGCAGAUCUGCAUUAUGCGCACAUUCGCGAGCGCUGCGAGAUCCAAAUCGCCGACUAUAGUACCUUGAGGAGUAGCUUUGGAAAUAUGGAUAAUGAGCGUUUUGUACAAAUGUUAAAUGAUAAGAGAAGUUCGGAGAGGGAGCCAUGGGUGAAGGUGAGGUGGAUAAACGUGUGCGGCAUCAGCUGGGAUGUGAUGAGUGCGCUUGCCCUGAAGUAUGGCCUUCACCCGCUCGCCCUCGAAGUUGUCCUGCACAAACACGGACAUACGCGCUCCAAAAUGGACUACUACAGUCAACACCUCUUUAUCCAUGUCUUAUCUCACACACUCACUUCCUCCUCUUCAUCUCCAAACCCUUACACACCAGAAGGCGAAGACCCGCCACGGAGCUUUUCGCCAGGUCCAAUGACGCCAGGGGACUACCACAAGGAGUAUUUCAAGGAUGACAGCGUCCGUGCAGACGCUGGGGAUGAAGGUAGCACGAUGUAUGGCGGCAGUGCGCCUGCAACCUGGCGACUUGGAAGCACCAUCAGGAGCAGAACGUCAGUGACAGCUGACAUGGAAAGUGUUGCAAGGGCCAGGGAGGAUGGCUUAAUCCCGCUAACAUCCGCUACGCGGAAAGACAGCGCGUCCCGAAAACGCCGGGAGAAAGCUCAGAUGACUCUCACUGAUCUAAAGAAGGCGGGCCGCGUGAACGUUUGCAUCCACCCGAUAUCAAUUUUCUUAUUGAGAGAUGGCACAGUGAUCUCUGUUAUGCCGUCCAAUUUCAUCGACUUCACAGGUUCCAUCAUGGCGCGUCUCCGACAGCCUGACACGGGGCUGCGUACAUCUGCAGACCCCAGUCUACUCGUUCAAAGCCUGCUCGACCUCAUCGUGGACUCUGCACUUGAGGUGGUGGAUGCAUUCCAUGAGAAGAUAUUACAGCUGGAAUACGAUGUGUUGAUGAAGCCGGAUAUGAAAGUGGUUACAAGGCUACACAUUCUUUCCGGUGAUUUGAUGUUGCAUAAGCGGACUCUUGGGCCCCUCAAGACGGUUAUUGGUGGGCUACGACGGUACGACGAGGACCGGUGUGCUGCACUUCUCUCGCCUGCUGAGAAGUGGGUUCAAGAGCAAAGCAGAGAGAAAGUGAAGGGUUUCAUGUCCCAUAAGAGCAAAAUAUACUUGGCGGACGUACACGAUCAUAUGGAAUAUAUCCUUACAAGCAUGGAUAUGUUCGCAGGGAUCACAGAAAACCUGAUCAACUACACGUUCGAUAUGAAAUCAUACGAGAUGAACGUAAUCAUGCGCCGCCUCACUCUCGCAACUCUCAUAUUCCUCCCGCUGACAUUACUCACGGGUUACUUUGGAAUGAAUUUCAAAUCUAUGUGGAGUGUCAAUAACCAUUCCGACGCCUUAUUUUGGAUGAUCGCAAUCCCUGUCACGGCAUUCGUCAUGCCCUUAGUAAUCAGACUUCAAGCGUACUACGCAUCAUGCUGA